AUGGAGGCCGUGAAGCCGGAUGUGACGCAUAAUUGCGAUCAUUACUUCAAAACUCUCCCGCCUGGGUAUAGGUUCCGCCCCACUGAGGAGGAGCUAAUCAACUGCUACUUAAACCCCAAGCUUUUGAACCAGCCCCUGCCACGAAGCCAGAUCAUCGAGGCUAAAAUAUAUGACUUCCACCCUGAUAUUCUUACAGGAAUGUACCAAGAAAUAUACACAGACAAAGAGAAUGGAGUACACGAAUGGUACUUUUUCACACCAAGAGAAAGAAAGUACCCAAAUGGAGAACGUCCAAAUCGAACUACCGGGGAUGGAUACUGGAAGGCUACCGGAUCUGACAAGCCAAUUGAAGAUACAAGAAAUAUUUUAAUUGGGUUUAAGAAGACAUUGGUGUUCUACCAAGGAAAAGCUCCCGGAGGUGUCAAGUCCAACUGGAUUAUGCAUGAAUUUAGGACCGCCAAUCCUCCUCUUCGAAAGAGAAAAUAUGAAAAUGACAUGACAGCUCUAUCAUAA